ACUGCUUUGCAGGCAUGAGUACGCCCCAUUAUUAUCUGUUACAAUGGUAUAAGUUGUAAAAGUUGCUAUUUUUCUGACAUUGUUAAUGCUGCAGGUAGAGAAAGCAAUCAAGGAAUUGGAAAUGGAAGGUCGAAAAGCGGCUGCAGUUUUUGUCACUUCCCCUACUUACCAUGGUAUAUGCAGCAACUUGAGCGAGAUAUCAAAGCUGUGUCAUUCUUGCAACAUUCCAUUGAUUGUUGAUGAGGCUCAUGGUGCACACUUGGGAUUUCAUCCCAGCAUGCCUUGUUCAGCCCUCCAGCAAGGUGCUGAUCUUGCUGUGCAGUCUACUCACAAAGUCUUGUGCUCUCUUACGCAGUCAUCAAUGUUACAUAUGUCAGGAAAUCGAGUAGAUAGAGAGAGGAUUUGCAAAUGUCUCCAAACCAUUCAAAGCACUAGUCCAAGUUAUCUGCUUUUAGCUUCGCUAGAUGCAGCUAGGGCUCAACUAAGUGAAAACCCCGAAACAAUUUUCAACAAAGUAAUGGAAUUGGCUGUUGAAAUGAGAACUCUGAUCAACAAAAUACCAGGUAUUGCAGUCCUCGAUUUUCCAAGCUUCUCUAGCUUUCCUGCCUUUGAUCCCUUGCGAAUUACUAUUGGCGUAUGGCAGCUUGGUCUUUCUGGAUAUGAAGCGGAUCAUAUUUUAAUUAAGGAUUAUGGGGUGGUUUCCGAACUUAUAGGUUCUGGAUCUAUUACCUUCGCGAUUAAUCUUGGAACUUGUAGAGAGCAUGUUCUGAGACUAGUGUCAGGAUUCAAGCAUUUAUCGGGAACUUUCUCACUAAAUCAGGGCAUGAGUCAGAGAUUGGAUGAUAUUGAGUGUUCACCCUUUGAUGACAUUAACAUGAUCUUGAGCCCAAGAGAUGCCUUCUUUGCGAGUAAAAGAAAAGUGAGUGUUAGAGAGAGCCUUGGUGAAAUAUGCGGGGAGCUUAUAACUCCAUUCCCACCAGGGAUUCCUGUACUGAUACCGGGCGAGGUUAUCACACAGAGAGCAUUGAAUUAUCUAUUGCAGCUUAGAAGCAGGGGUGCUGUAAUUACUGGUGUUGCUGAUCCUCUUCUAUCGUCCAUAGUUGUCUGCAAUACAUGAGAUGUUCUUGGGAACCAUAGGGUUCCAGCUCAUUUACUUAAAAGAGCACUCGAGAGUGCAUUCCAAUUUAGAAGGGGUUCGUAAUUGAAAUUGAUAUGUUGUGCAAAUGAAAUCAAUGACAUUUGAACAUUGAAAAUGUAAUCUGUAUUUCGUACAGCAUUCGCAACAGUUUUAUGCAUUUGAUCAUUCACAUCACGAGUCCGAAACUUGGAAAUG